AUGAGUUCCAUGUUCAAGAAAAAGGCCGGCAUGGCUUUCAAGCCAAAAAUGCCCAUGGCCCGUCCUCGAGCGCCUGGAGCAGGAGCAGCAGCACCGCAGCCAUCAAGGACCCCGUCGACGACUGCCGCCGCAAUUGCGCCCACAGCAGAGAGUAGCUCGAGCGAAUCUACCGAAAAGACCGCGCCGUCGACCGCCGAGAAACGAGCCAAUUCGAGAGAUACGCCCAGAGACGUGCCUACGAGUACCCCGCCAUCGACCGAGCCGAGAACGACGAAGGCUGCCACGCCCCAGACACAACCCACGACGAGCGAGUCCUCUACAAAACCUACUUCCACAGUGGAAUCAGCUGGAACAGAUCAGUCCACAGAGCCGCCAACACAAACUCGUCCACGGCCACCGUCCGCGACGCCCGCUCCUGCUGCAGAGGCUACUGUCAGCGAGGCAUCGACACCAGCCCAACUCCAGACCCCGCCCGCUACUGCUCCCUCGGCCGACGUGGUGCCUUCAACAGAGGACGCGGCGCAGACGGCGGCAACAGACGACACAUCAAAGACUACCGUCAAGAAGGCACCUGCCAAGCGACCUCGAAAACGAGCAACACAGACGAGCGAGACUGCCGAAGAGGGCGAAGAGAGUGCUGCGGCGCCUAAACCCAAAAGACAACGAAAACAGCCGGCAGACGGGGAAGCCGCGCCGAAACGACCGCCUCGGCCGAGAAAGAAGAUGACCACGGAAGAAGGAGAAACGGAUGCCGCUACUACUGUCAACAAGCCAUCACGACCUCGGCAAGCCCGCUCCGUGACGCCAGAAGAUGCGGAGGACCAGGAGGCCGACCUCACCACGCUUACCAUGGGCGAUUUGACACGAGACUUGCGCAUCGGCAAGAAGUUCAGCAGACACGACGAGCUUCUCCAGCGCCACCGCGAGAAGCAGGCAAAGUCCAGAGAGAAACUCAAGGCGAAGAGGAACGGCUCGGAGGAUGUGGCUUCAGAGAGCGGGACACCGGCACCGACGAGCGACAAGGCCACGCCGGCAGCCCCUCCGCCGCCGAACCCGACCAGCAUGGCCUCCACCGGGCCCCAGUUCCAAAUCAUUGACGGACAGAUUGUGGUGGACCAAAACUCCCUCAGCCUCGAUCGACACGCCAUCGCCGCUGCGGCCGCCGAGGGCGAGGACAUGCUCGAGAUUGAAGAAAACGACUUCACGACGCUGACGACCCAGAACAGCUACCGCACGGGCUCCAAGCUCAAGGGCCCCAACGUGUGGAACGAGGAGGAGACGGAGCUCUUCUACCGCGGGCUGCGCAUGUUCGGCACCGACUUCCAGAUGAUCAGCGGCAUGUUCCCCGGCAAGAACCGGCGGCACGUCAAGAUGAAGUUCAACCGCGAGGAGCGCCACCGGCCCGCGCGCAUCGACGCCAUCCUCGUCGGCAAGAAGGAGCUGCAGAUCGACCUGGAGGAGUACAAGACGUGGACAAAGGCCGAGUACGAGCCCGUCGAGGCCAUCAUGGCGGCGCAGCGCGCGCAGCAGGCCGAGUUCGAUGCCGAGCAGGCCAAGAUCAAGGCGGCCAAGGACGCCAUCAAUGCCAGGAACCUCGCUUCGCUGCAGGACAAGCGCGAGGGCGGAGGGGACGCCGAAGGCGAGGGUUCCGCGGCGGGUGCUGCUGGCGGCGUCGGCGGUGGUGGUGGAAGCGGCGGCGGCGCCAAACCCAAGAGGCAGCAGGCCAACGUCGGUCCUCAGAUCACGGUUGACGCGGACGGCAUGAUUACCAUUGACGAGACGAACAUGGACCCCGACGCGGGACGCAAGAAGAGGGGCGCGGGCAAGACGAAGAAGAAGGCCGUAGAGUACAACAUGCGUGGCGAGAUUAUCCACUGA